AUGGCUUCACCACCAGCAUCACCCGGCAUGAUGUCUCCGCGGCCGAUGAGCGCAAUCGUUCGCCCGGGGAGGAGCAACAGCCGGUUGAGCAUGCAGAGUAGAACCGGCGGAGGAGGAAGCAGGGCUUCGGACGAGGACACAAAGACGGCCGUCAGAGUCGCGGUUCGCGUUCGCCCACCCUUGCAGCCGACCGAUCCCGGCUACGAGCUUAUACCCCAGCGCUUCCAGCGCUCAAUGGUUCAGGUCCAGUCACCGACAAGCCUGGCCAUCGACUCCCCCCAAGGACGCAAGCUAUUUGUGUUCGACCGGGUGUUCACCCCCGACGUAGACCAGGCCGGAGUGUGGGAGUAUCUGGAAGAGUGCAUCACCGCCUUUACGCAAGGCUACAAUGUCUCGCUCCUCGCGUACGGCCAAUCCGGCGCCGGCAAGUCGUACACGAUGGGAACAUCGGGUCCGGCUGAGCAGGAAGACUCUGAUGCCAUGGGCGUCGUUCCGCGGGCUGCAACGGCGCUGUUUGAGCACCUCCAAGGACCUAAGAAGAACCCUAACAGGAAUUCCAUGUCACAGCUGCGGACUCCUGCCCGCUACUCGGCGCAGGCCGCAAACUUACCGCAAGGAGAGAAGAAUUGGACGCUGCGAGCGUCGUACGUGGAGAUUUAUAACGAGCAGCUGAGAGACCUACUAUUACCGGACAACACCCCGCCAUACGAGCGGACCAACGUUACGAUCCGCGAGGAUGUCAAGGGAAAUAUCAUCCUCACCGGCCUGCGCCAAGUCGAGGUCAACUCGGUGGAGGACCUGCUGAACGUCCUGAACCAAGGGUCCACACUCCGCCAGACCGAUGCGACGGCGAUCAACGCACGGUCGUCCCGUUCCCACGCCGUCUUCAGCUUAAACCUAGUGCAAAAGAAGACCAGGUUGCAGUCCACCCCGGCGGCGGACAAGCGGUUGUCGAUGCCGCUGGAGGCGCUGACAGGGGGCGGUGCGGAAACGCUCGUGACGACGGACAGCAAGAUGCACUUUGUGGAUCUAGCUGGCAGUGAACGUCUCAAGAAUACGGGCGCGCAAGGCGAACGGGCCAAGGAAGGGAUAUCGAUCAACGGCGGUCUCGCGGCGCUGGGCAAAGUUAUCUCGCAACUGUCGUCCCGGCAAGCGGGCGCGCACGUGUCGUACCGCGACUCCAAGCUGACACGGCUGCUCCAGGACUCACUGGGGGGUAAUGCCAUCACGUACAUGAUUGCGUGCGUGACUCCAGCGGAGUUCCACCUCAGCGAGACGCUAAAUACGGUGCAAUAUGCGCAGAGGGCCCGAGCGAUCCAGAGCAAGCCGCGGAUCCAACAGGUUGAGGAAGGCGACAAGCAGGCGCUCAUUGACCGUCUCAAGGCCGAGGUUGCGUUCCUGCGCGAGCAAAUCCGAAGUGCAGAACGAGGUGGGGGCGAGCGCCGGGUCCUAGCCCCCGGCGAGCGGUCCGAGCGGCAAAACGAGCGGGAGGUCGAGCUCCAAAACCGGCUGCUGGACGCCGAAGAAAAUUACAAGGCGCUCGGGGAGCGGCACGCAAAGCUGAUCUCAGAGAUGGCCAAGGCGCGCGACAACGAGGCGGCCGAGAAGGACCAGCUGAGGGCCGACGACAACACCACCGAAGACAUCGCGACGGAGCGCCUGAAUCGCUCCAACAGCUUUGCGCAGGCCGUCGAACAGGUUGUGCUCGAGUACGAGAAGACGAUCCAAUCGCUAGAGCACUCCCUCGCCAGCACGCGGGCGACCCUAGCGAUUACGGAAGGGUCGCUGCUAGAGAAGGAGACGCGUUGCGCCUACACCGACACCAUCAACAACCAGCUGCAGUCGCGGCUGCAGAAGCUAAUGGACCGCGAGGCGAGUACCGAGAACUACCUGCACGACCUGGAGACCAAGCUGGACGGCCACACGUCCGGUGAGGAGAAAAAUGCGACCAUCAUCAUGGAGCUCCGCAAGGAGAUCACGCGUGUGCGCGAGAACGAGGCGACGUGCGAGGACUACAUCUCGACGCUUGAGGAGCGCCUCGCUGAGGCCGACCAGGACGCCGAGUUGAUGCAGCGCGAGAUCGACCGCCUGGAGCAGGUGGUCGAGCGCCAGCGCAGCCUCGGCAAGCUGGACUCGCUGCUGCACGAGCUCGAUAACAUCCAGCAGGACCCUCCCGCGCCGGAACCCGAGAACACGAUGAUGGCCAAUGGCGCGGGCCACCGUCGCACCGCGAGCCGCAGCAUCGCCGAGCACUCGCGCAGCCAGAGCCACGUCAGCCGACACAGCCAGGUGGAGGAGACGAUCCCGGAAACUGGAGAGGAGGAAGAAGACGAGGCGGCGGAGAAGCCGGCCGAGGAGCUAAAGCCGAUUGCGGAGGGUGUUGCUGCCGAUGCUUCUGCUGCCAUGACUACCCCGACGAGGCCCACACAUGCGCACGCGGGCGACAACGACGCCGAGGACGAGCCCGAGUACGCGGCCAGCCCUGCACAGUCCAAGUUUGUUGCGGACAAGCUCGACACGGUCACGCAGGAACUCCUGGGCCUGCGUGUGGAGCAUGAGUCGACGCUUAACGAGUACGACCUUCUGCAGGCCAAGUACGAGGAGGCCCUCCGCGCGCUCGCCGAGUUGCAGGACGUGGUCGAUGAGUCGCGACACCCGCCGCAGCGCCCGCGCGAUUCGAUGCUCUCGGUCGCGUCGCCGAUGCACACCCGGCCGCACUCCUUCCUGUCGGACGCCAGAACCAACGACACCAAGGGUGGACACACAUCGCUCAAGUCGCUGUCGUCGGAGCUGUCGUCGGCCGUUGAGUCCCCCAUCACGGCCGUGGACGAUUCCGAUGCGGAUACCACAGUGCCCAGGGCUGGUGGUGUUGAUCACGACGACGACCAGAACCACUCCGGGCUAGCCCCCGCCGACCAGAUCAAGUCGGAAGGCCUAUCGUCCGAGAUCGAACGGCUCCGGUCGCUGGCAUCCGAGCGGGAGUUCGCCGAGCGGGAACUAGCUGAGCGAUAUGCCCAGCUGGAGAACCAGCACCAGCACACCCUGGACAUGGUCGAGGAGCUCAAGACGGAGGUGGCCAAGGCCCAGGCCCAGGCGGCCAACAUCGAGGCGUCGUCCCCCAAGGGCAACACACCCGUGAUCCGCCGCAAGUCGAGCCAGAAUGUCAUGAUCAUCGACCGCGCGCACCGCUCAUUCGCCUCGCUACGUAACAUCGCAGCCGAGAACUUCGAGCAACAGCCGGACGUCAUGCAGAACUUCGACCUCAACCUUAACGCUGCCAUGCACGAACUCCACUCACGCUCAGAGCGCAUCCAGGAGCUCGAGGCCGAUGUCGCGACCGCCAAGAAAGAGAUGGAGAUGAAGAUGACCAUUAUCUCGGGUCUCACCCGCGAACGGUCCAGUCUGAAGGCGACUUCACCCAUGGAUAUGGCCAUGGUGUCGACUCUCCGCGACCAGCUCGGCCAGAGCGAGAUGCGCAUCCGCGAUAUGCAGGAGGCGCAUGCCGCGCGGGAGAAGCAUCUGGAGACGCAGUUGGAGGAACUCCAGAAGUCGCUCAAGGAGGCUAACUUCGCAUCGGAGAAGGCUACGGCGGCGGCGAAGGCGGCUGUCGAGGCCCAGGGGUCGGCGAAGGCUGUGGUGGCUGAUGCUGCGGCGGACAAGCCGGAGCCUGCCUCUGUCGAGGAUCGUGGGCUGCUGGCUGAGGAUGCUACUGAGGCGGCUACCGAGGUACCCGCUGCGGUGUCUACGGAGACGCACGAGUCGCUCAAGGGAGCCACUGCCGCGGCGGACGAAGCCGCGCAAGCUGCCAAGGCGGCCGCGGCAGAAGCGGCUGCUCAGCUGGCGCUGCGCGAGAAGAAGAUCACCGAGCUGCAGUCGGAGCUGUCCACCUGGGAAGAGCGGCACAGCAACGCGCUGCAGAGCAUGCGUGACUCGGAAGUCCAAAUGGCGAGGACCAUUGGGGAGCUCGAGGCCAAGGUCGCGUCCGUCACGGAGCAGCUUGCCGACGCGGAACACAAGACGCCCGUGGUGGAUGAAGCAGCGGACGACGCUGCUAAGGAGGCUGCUAAGGAGGCUGAUGAGAAGCAGAAGAAGCUGGUUGACUUCCUGAGGAGCGAGAUCGACGAGUACAAAAGUAUCAUCAACAGCACUCAGAGUCAGGUAACUGAGGCGGAGCAGCAGCAUCUGGCCACCAAGAAGCUUCUGGACCUAGCCAGCCAGGACCGCGACACGGCCAGCGGCGAGCUCGCAACGCACAAGGAGCUGGUCACCAGCCUCGAGGCCCAGAUCGCCGACCACGAGCAGGCCAUCAAGACGCACCAGGACAACCUGAGCGAGCUGGAGACCAAGCACGCCCGGGACAUCGAGGAAGUGACCUCGUCCUCAAAGCAGGACGUCGAGGCGCAGCUGGCGACUCUCAAGUCGGAACACGCCGGCCGCGUUAGCCAGCUCGAGGGCGAUCUCACCGAGGCGCGCGAGGACCUCAUGAAGGUCGCCACGCAAGUCGCUUUUGCCCUUGGCCUGGACGUCAGCCUCGAGAAGAUCUCGGAGCGCGUCGAGGAGCUCGUCUCGUACCAAAAGGCCGUCACGCAAGAGCAGGAAAAGCGCGCGGAGCUCGAGAACCACGUUGUCGAACUGUCCAACAUCAACGACACCGUCAUGCGCGACCUGGAAGCCGUGCGCGCGAGCCUCAACGAGGUGCUCGAGGCCACUACCACCGAGAAUGCCAGGGCAUCGACGGCGCCAGCCACUACAGCCACAACGACGAACCGCUCCUCUACCUCCCACCCCGUGCAGGAACAGGUCGCCCUGGUCAAGCAGAAGGUGGUCGAUCUCGAGAGCAAGAACAAGAAGAACUCGCGGCUGGUCGAGGAACUCGAGGACCAACUGCAAAACAACUACGACCAGGUGCAGAUGGCCAGCAACCGCCUGUCGACCCUGCAGAUGGAGCGCAACGCCCAGCUGGAGGAGGCCAAUGCCGCCAAGAUCAAGCUGCAGGGCGAGCUCGAUGCGAUCCGGGAAGAGUACAAUGCUCUUCAGGUCAAGUUCGACGGCAUCCGCUCCGUCGAGAGCCCGCAGCGCUCCAACUCGCUCACCGGCCAAGUCCGCAAGAGCUCCUCCGUCGCCUCUCUCCCCUCGCCCCCACCCGCCAUCCCCCUUCCCCCCUUACCCAACGGUCCCUCCUCCGGCGCCAACCCCGGCACAACCUCCCCGACCCCGCGCCCACCCAGCAAAGACAUCGGCGGCGCGGCCGCCGCCUCGGCCGGCAUCAUGCAAAUCCAAGAAGACCAAGAAGCACGCAUCCGGCUCAUCGAAAAACACCUCCGCGCCGAGAAGCAACUCACCCAGACCCUCGAAGAAGCCCUCACCGACCUGGAGCAGCAGCAAAAGGCGAUCCAGUCGGACUGCGACGCGUGGCGGCGCCGUGCAGGCGAGCUGGAGUCGGAGCUCAAGGAGCUGCGCGACAAGCCGCAGGAAGAAAACCGGUACAGCAUGCAGCAGGUCGAGGAGGAGAGGCGCAAGCGGCGGGAUGCUGAGAUUGCGCGUGCGCACCUGGAGGAACGCAUGAAUACCAUUGCGAAGAAGAAGAAGAAGGGGAGUCUGAACUGCUUUUAG